AUGCGACGGGAUUCGAAAAUGGCCUCAAGUUGGGCGAACCAUAGCCUCGGAUCACGUGCACCGAAUUCAGAUCCGCCUGAGGGUACGAGGUACGGGCUAAGCGACUGUACGCAAAAGCCCUGGAGGCUGUUCCUUCUGUCUCCAUUAAAGUGCAAGUUGGACGUAAAGGUUGUUGAAGAAAUCAAGGCAGUCGCAAACGGUAUAAGACCAAAGAAGCUGACAGAAAAGGAGGAUAAUAACAACUGUCCAGUCAGCUAGUCCACAGCGUUUUACGCAGCCGACUCAACCAUGAUGUCGUUUGAGGAAAAUUCCUAGAAUCUCAAGCGUCGGAUGCUCAGGUGUCGGCUAACAACAACAUGAACUACACUGGCAGACCACUAAUGCAUUUAUUUUUAAUGCCGCCGUUUUCCGGUGGUGCAUUUUUCUUUCUUUCUUUAUUCACUUUAAAAUGCUAUCGAAGGUGUAUUUUACGCACAUGUGCAUUAGGGAAUUCAUGAAACUUAUGUUCGAAAUAUUUUUGUAAACCGUCUCGUCAUUCUGCAUUCGUGGAACUUGCUGCAAACAUACUGAAAGCCUGAUAUAGACCUUCUUGGGUUUGGAUUCGAAAAAGAAGUUCAUCCACACACAACUCAAAAUUCAAAGGCGGUUGCACUAUUCAACUUACUUGGUUUCAGCGGUUGCCGAACUUGGCACCUUAAGCCUAUUGGUCCGUUGUUAUCAA